CCGUCUAGGUGCCAAAAAAUCAAAGGGAGUAUGUGCGGAUCUAAAUAAAUAAAUAUAUAUAUAUAAAAAAAAAAGAGGUUAGAUCGAAGGUUCGCAGUCUGAACCGCUUCACUUCGUGAAGGAAUCAAUUAAGAAUUAACAUCAGGUCCCUCGCUCGUCCUUUUUUUUUUUUCAAAAUCCAACUUCAUAAACGAUGUGCUCAAACCAAACUCGACGCCGAUUCUUGGUCCAAGCAAACCGCCAAUGCUUUGGAACGACAAUGGGGCACUCCGAUGGCACACCCCUCUUCGUCGAUACCAACCUCGGCACCCAUUUGGCUCUCCCUGUCCCUCCAGACAUCACAGCUGCUGAUCUCAAACGUCAACUUGAGAGGGAACACUUUUCUUGUUUUCCAUGUAUUGGAGUGAUUAAGGUCCAAGCUUUGAUGGUAAAGAGGAAAACCCACUUUUAUCAUCUUCCAGAUUCGAUGGCGAUAAAGAAAUCUUAUCAGGGGUUGGCAGGCACUUGGUUCCUUCACAUGAAUGCUUCACAGUCUGUAGACAUGCCGAGGCAAGAAGCUAGCAUACCUUCAGGAUUAAGCCAUUCCACAGGACAAGACUUCUCUAAUCAGAGGGAACCUGUCAGGCCAAAUGCUAAAGUUUCACCAGCUUUGGAAAAUUUAACAGCAUCGAAUAAUUCAAAUCAGUGUGAACACAGAAACAGAGAAGUGAUGGCUAUUCAAGUUAUCACAAGUCUAGAAACCAAAGACUCCAUGCCUAUUGUCAGCAAUGUCACUGAUUGUUCAAAGUCAGAGAAGGCUGCUGAAUUCAGAGCUACAAAUAUGAAGAGCCAAGCUAGCAAAAAUGGAGGACAUCAUUCUAUAUUCAAUGAAAGGCAACUUGAUGUGCUUUCCUUACCUAUUUGUGGCAAAGAGAAAAGGAAAAAGAGGAAGAUAUGGGAACGGGGAAAUUCAUCAAAUGUUGGUAGUGGACACGUAAAGGACAUCAGAGAGGAAAAACUUGCCAGAACUCAAAAAAUGCAUACACCUGAAUUAAUAUCUUGUUUAAAGCCUGAUAAAGGGAAGGGAACAAAAGAUGGUACCAUUACUGAUGAAUCCCAAGGCAUGGAUCAAAAGGACAAGAACUUGUCCUCAGAGCUUCCACUGUUGAGUAGACCCCAUAUCAGUUCUUCGACAGUGAGACAAACUCCCAGCAUUAGUUUGUCUGGAAACAUCUCUCUAAGUGGUCUUAUUUCAAGAUACUUCUCCGACUAUGAGGAGGUGAAUUCAUGCAGCAGUCUGACCAAAAAUAUUCAAAACACUAAAAAAUUGACUCACCAAUUCAAUGAUGUGUUGAAGGUUGAAAAACUUCAACAAAAUGAGAUCACUGGCUAUGCAAAUUAUGCUGCAGAAUUUUCAGUCAACCAGAAAAGUUCAAAGAGAAUUGCAUUGGGUUCUGAUACGAUUUGUUCCUUCAAUGUUAGUUCUGAUGGUGUGAAAAGGUUGGAAGAUUAUCCAAUGAACAUCAGUAACAGAGAACAUGAUAAAAAUGAAAUAGUUGCUUUUGAUCGUCAGAGGCGAACAAAGAGUAAGAUGAUGAAAGAUACUAGUGUGGCAUGUAAUGAUGAGUAUAGCCCCUGCCAAGCUGAUCAUAAGAAGACAUUUCGAAACAAAUUUAGCAGAGGCAAACAACCAGUCAAUAAGAAAAAGGUCUGUCUUACGCCUCAUUGUUCAUCAGUGAAUUCUACUCCACUGUCGUUUAAUAAGCAUACGGGGGCUUCAAGGAGCAAAUUUGGUAGAAAUGAAGUUGGCAAACGCCUUGUUCAAGCAGCAAACAACAUCUGGUUUUCUGCCAGUGGGAAAAAAUCGCUGCAAUCUAUGUUUGUCUCGAGGUCCGGAAAUCUGUCCUUGCCUGAAUCAGUUGUACCCGUUAACAAACUUCCUUUUGAAAUUGAUGAAUCUGAUGACUGAAAGAUGAGAAAUCUCAUUAUUUUGGCUUC